AUGAACUCCGUCCGAGAUGUCAAACAGCGCAAAGUAGGUAUGGGAACAAUGACCUAUCAGCCUACGGAUGAUCAACUUAGUACUGGAAGUUUCGCAGAAAGAAUAAGUGACUUCGCGGAAAGCAUAUAUUGGAUGUACUAUAUCCAUUUACCAUUCUAUUUGAUGACGUCUUUCGAUGCGUUCUGCCUGCACACAUUCUUUCUGGCGAUUUUCACGCUCAGUCUCUUUGGUUUCAUCAAGUACAUAUUUCUUUAA